ACUGAGACACGCACUCACAGGGAAAGACUGAAGCUGGCACAAGUUUGAGUCCAAAGUACGGAGAAAAUCUAAACCAGAAUCAUCAUGGAAAGAUGUGACAAGCUUCAUAUUCUAUAAUAGUCUGACUUUAAAAUAUGUUUGGGAAAAGUACAGUUUGGUUUUAACAGUUCUGAUGGAAGUGAGCAACAUGAGCACCAAGAUGGAAAUGCAGCUUCCACCUCACGAGGGGGCCGAGCUUUCAGUAGUCGACAUGCACACAGGUGGAGAGCCUCUACGCAUCAUCGUCAGCGGCUACCCGGAGGUCAAAGGUGACAGCGUGCUGUCCAAGCGGCGUUACGUGCGGGAACACCUAGACCACCUUAGGAGGGCGCUGAUGUACGAGCCGCGGGGGCACUAUGACAUGUACGGGGCCCUGAUCGUGGACAGCGAGAUACCCGAGGCAGACCUGGGGGUGCUGUUCAUGCACAACGAGGGCUACAGCACCAUGUGCGGACACGCCGUCAUCGCGCUCGGACGCUUUGCCGUCGACUACAAACUGGUGAAGGAAACGCAGUCGCCGGAGACACAAGUGAACAUCCACUGUCCCUGUGGUCUGGUGAGGGCGUUUGUCAAGUACUCUGAUGGCAAAACAGGAGGGGUGAGGUUUCUCAGCGUGCCAGCGUUUGCAUUUGCAACAGAUGUGACGGUGGCAGUGGAAGGGUUUGGAGAUGUGACGGUUGACAUCAGCUAUGGAGGAGCCUUCUACGCCUUUGUAGACGCCCAGAGGUUUGGCCUGGAUGUGACCAAGUCCAGGACUCGAGAUCUCGUGGACGCAGCCACAGCAGUGACCAACGCUGUCAAAUCUCAGGUGAAGCUGCACCACCCAACCAGUGAUGAUCUGGCCUUCCUCUAUGGCACCAUCCUCACAGAUGGAAAAGAUGAUUAUUCCUCUGAUCCCACAGCCAAUAUCUGUGUGUUCGCAGAAGCUCAGGUGGACCGAAGCCCCACUGGUUCUGGUGUCACAGCUCGAAUAGCUCUUCAGUAUCACAAAGGUCUGAUUCGGCUCAACCAGACCAGAACGUUUCAGAGCGGAGCUACUGGAUCCCAGUUCACAGGGAAAGCUGUCGAGGAGACCAAGUGUGGAGACUUCAAGGCUGUAGUGGUGGAAGUUGCUGGCAGAGCUUUUUACACCGGAGUUUCAUGUUUUGUGCAGGAGCCAGACGACAAGUUGACACAUGGGUUUCUGCUGAAGUGAGCCUCAGUUACAGGUUUUCAUUUAAACAUGGAUGUAGAUUUUUAAAAAGAUUGAAACAGUUGAAUUACAAAAUGGUUUUGUAUCUUAAAAACCCACAUCUUGUAGCUAUAAUAAACAGUUUUAAAGAGAAA